UUGGAUAACUCUCCUAGAACAUUCAACAAACCCCUUUGCCCCUUUGCCACGGAAAUAAGGACGGAAGCUUCGAGGGAGAAAAGUAGUUACUCUUAUAUUUAAUUAAAAACUCAAUGACAAGCUUCCAAAAUUCAAAUAAAAUCUGAACAACUUACAGACAAUUUUGCAAACCAGUCUUUUACAGGGCCAAAAUUCUCGCUUCUGUUUGAUUUUGAGUGUUUAAAUUUGAUUCGACCGAGAGAUAAAUCUCUGAAGUUUUGGUAAUUCUUGUAGAUCAGCCAGAAUGUCUUCACCUGGAGAUUGGUUCAAUUCACUUCCUCCAGUGAGCAAGGCAUAUGGAACUUUGUGUCUUAUGACUACAGCAGGUUGUCAUAUGGGAUUGGUUAAUCCAAAGUUCCUUUAUCUAGACUAUGAUCUAGUGGUAAAGCAUCUACAGAUAUGGAGGCUUUUGACCAACUUCUUUUUUCUCGGUCGCUUUUCUAUCAACUUUGCAAUUCGUCUUCUAAUAAUAGCAAGGUAUGGUGUGCAUUUAGAGCGUGGACCAUUUGAGAGGCGGACAGGUGACUUUUUGUGGAUGAUGAUCUUUGGGGCAUUGUCUCUUCUUGGAUUUUCUCUUUUUCCGGCCUUAAACUCAGAUUACAUGGGAAUGUCUCUUGUUUUCAUGCUCCCAUACAUUUGGGCAAGGGAAUUUCCCAAUGCACAAGUCAACAUCUCUGGCCUUGUUACAUUGAAGGGUUUCUACUUGCCCUGGGCAAUGCUAGCCAUGAAUGUGAUCUUUGGUUCACCUCUGAUUCCAGAUCUAUUGGGCAUCGUUGUUGGACACUUAUAUUACUUCCUAACAGAGCUCCAUCCUCGUGCUGGUGGAAAUAAUAUAUUGAAGACUCCAAUUUGGAUACACAAGUUAGUUGCACUUUGGAAUGUAGGUCCUCAGGCAAGCAGUCCCGUUCAGUCUGAACCAACAACAGGCACUGUAUUCAGAGGAAGAAGCUACAGGCUUGGACGAUAGCCCUUUGUAGAAGGCAGUGCUCAAAGGAAAAUAGAUUUUGUGAUCUGAAAAUUAGCAUUUUGUACAUUCUUGCUUCAUUUUAUGGCAAUGCUGAAGCACUUGAUUAUAUUUCUGUUACAUCCAAUUAAAUUAGAUGAAUGAAUAAGAUAUUGCAUUGUGUUAAAGAGUGAACAUCAUUAUGUAACUUCAACUUUAAAAAAAAAAAGAGGCAUUCAUUGGUAGUUCGAUAAA